AUAGCACUCGUUUGUGAGAAGAACUUUGAUACCGAAUAUCAAGAAGAGAGCAGCCGCAUCCUUGCGUGAACCAGCCGAUAGAAGACACCACCAGUACCCCCGACAAUGUCGACCACCUGCAGAUCAGGCUCUCGCAAAGAGGACUACAAUCUCUCUCUCAGCAUUGGGGCACUGUUCAUUAUCCUCGCAGUCUCUGCCAGCGCGUGUGCGUUACCCAUUAUCGCAUUGAAGGUUCCCCAACUUCGCAUUCCGGCGAAAGCGCAUUUUGGCUUUAGACAUUUCGGAACGGGAGUUCUCAUCGCCACGGCGUUUGUGCACCUGAUUCCGACGGCGUUUGUAUCGUUGACAGAUCCGUGUCUGCCGCCGUUUUUCAAUCAGCAGUAUCCGGCUCUGGCCGGUGCGAUUGCCUUGGCUGCGAUCUUUAUGAUUACGAUUGCGGAGAUGAUAUUCAGCCCCGGGCGGUCUCUGUGUUCUGGUAUAUCUCCAGAUGAAGAAGUUGUCGUGGGUCCUACGAAAGAUGUCAGAUCGGUCUUCACCGGAACCCCCCCGGGGUUGUCGGAGGAGAUUACGCCAGCUCAAACCACUCCCCAAUUUGGACGCACUCGAUCGGGACGAUCCCAAAGCAUCAUGAAGACCGUAGAGCGGAGCGCAAGUCUCCCAUACAUCGACACCUGGCAGCUCACAGGGAAGCCUACCCACACGCACGUCAACACCCCCGCUCUUAACAACAACGACAGCCUCAGCCCCAUGGAAUCCGAAAAAUCGUCCUCGGAACAACAACAACAGCGCAAAAAGCUCCUCGUACAAUGCCUCCUCCUCGAAUGCGGCAUCCUCUUCCACAGCAUCUUCAUCGGCCUCGCUCUCGCCGUCUCGGUCGGCAGCGAACAAGUCAUCCUCCUCAUCGCCAUCGCCUUCCACCAAGUCUUCGAAGGCCUGGCCUUGGGCUCUCGCAUUGCAGCCAUCACGUGGAAACCCCACGCCAUCCAACCCUGGCUCAUGGCACUCGCAUACGGCUGCACGACACCACUGGGCCAAGCCAUUGGAAUCGCGACGAGAAAUUUAUAUGAUCCGAAUUCGGCGACGGGGUUGGUGGUCGUGGGCACGUUUAAUGCUUUUUCGUCAGGUCUAUUGGCAUAUACGAGUUUGGUGGAUUUGCUUUCAGAGGACUUUUUGAGUGAUCAUUCGUGGAAGACGUUGAGAGGGAAUAAACGGGUAGUGGCGAUGGGGUUGGUGUUUUUUGGGGCGUUUUGUAUGAGUCUUAUUGGAGCCUGGGCGUGAAAUAUUCUCC